AAUUAGGGGUGUGGUGGUCUGAAAGAGCAAACAGUGAGUUUGGGGAAAAUUAAGAGAGAGAAAGAAGAGGAAGAGAGAGAGAGAGAGAAAGCUUGCAUGGCGGCUCAAUACAAUGGGGAUUCAGAGAAUGGAUUGAAGCUUCCUCAAGUGAAGUUCACUAAGCUUUUCAUCAAUGGCGAGUUCGUCGAUUCAGUAUCAGGAAAGACAUUUGAGACGAUCGACCCACGAACUGGAGAAACGAUCACGAGGGUCGCAGAGGCAGUUAAAGAAGACAUCGAUUUGGCAGUGAAGGCUGCUCGUGAAGCUUUCGACAAUGGAAUCUGGCCUCGGAUGAGUGGAUAUGAAAGAGGGAGAAUUAUGUGCAAAUUCGCUGAUUUAAUUGAAGAAAACAAGGAAGAGCUAGCACUGCUGGAAAGCUGGGACAGUGGGAAAGUGUUAUCGUUUGUGAGAUUAAGGGAUGUGCGCUCAGUGGCCAAGACUCUUCGUUACUAUGCAGGAGCAGCUGAUAAAAUCCAUGGUGAGACCAUGAAAAUGGGAGGGGAACUUCAAGGAUAUACACUGAAAGAACCUAUAGGGGUGGUGGGUCAGAUAAUUCCAUGGAAUUACCCCUUAGUGAUGUUCUUCAUGAAGGUGAGCCCGGCAUUGGCCGCCGGAUGUACCAUCGUGAUAAAGCCAGCGGAGCAGACACCGCUCACCGCACUCUUCGUCGCCGACCUUUCCAAACAGGCUGGUAUACCCCCUGGGGUGCUGAAUGUGGUUCCUGGAUUUGGCCAAACUGCAGGUGCUGCCAUUAGCUCUCAUAUGGAAAUUGACAAAGUUGCUUUCACAGGAUCUACUGAAGUGGGGAGGCUAAUAUUGCAGGCAUCUGGGUCGAGCAAUUUGAAGCCCGUGAGCCUCGAGCUUGGUGGCAAGUCCCCUCUCAUUAUAUGUGAUGAUGCAGAUCUUGACAUGGCUGUCGACCUUGCUCGCUUGGCCGUCUUCACCAAUAAGGGUGAGAUUUGUGUCGCUGGUUCUCGGGUUUUUGUUCAAGAAGGAAUUUAUGAUGAAUUUGUGAAAAGAUCAGCCGAAAAGGCGAAGAGUUGGGUGGUUGGAGAUCCUUUUGAUCCUAAUGUCCUUCAAGGUCCACAGGUUGACAAGAAACAAUUCAACAAAAUCCUGAGUUAUAUUGAGCAUGGAAAGAGAGAGGGGGCCACCUUGUUGACAGGGGGUAAACCUUGGGGCGAGAAGGGCUAUUAUGUCGAACCCACCAUUUUCACCGACGUCGAGGAGGAUAUGCUUAUAGCAAAGGAUGAAAUAUUUGGGCCAGUCAUGUCCCUAAUGAAAUUCAAGACUAUUGAGGAGGCAAUUCAAAAGGCAAACAACACAAGGUAUGGUUUAGCAGCUGGGAUUGUGACCAACAACCUCAACAUUGCCAAUACGGUCUCGAGAUCGAUUCGGGCCGGUGUCAUUUGGAUCAAUUGCUACUUCGCUUUCGACGACGAUAUUCCUUUUGGUGGAUACAAAAUGAGUGGAAUUGGUAGAGAUUUAGGCCUGCAAGCCUUGGAAAACUACCUCCAAAUCAAGUCAGUAGUCACUCCAAUCUAUGAUUCACCAUGGCUGUAGAAUGGGAUCAAGCAACAGUAAAUAAAAAAAUGUCCGUGAUUGCAGGUUUCAUUUAUUUCCUUUUUUUAUUUUUCUUCUUUUUUUUUUUUAAGGAAUUCAAGCUGCUAAAGUUAAGGGAUAUUGUGCAUUACAGCUGUUGAAACACAUCCCAAUUAAAUUCGGGGAAAUACUUAUUUCAACUUGUGUUGUGAGGCUUAAUAAACACCUACUAUGAACAAAAGAAGGUAGGGAAAAAAAAAAAAA